GCCAGCUCGAGCGUUCUCUAUAAAACCAAGUGUGAAGCCUCGCCCGCGCCCAACUUCUGAAGUGCCGCAGAUCCAGCACAGUGCCUAGGAGAGCGGAUUAACAGACUCAAAGAACAACAAUAAAGAAAGCAAACUUCUACAGAUCAUUAUCAUUCUUUAAAUGUUUUUUUUUAUCAAUACUGUGAUAGGCCUACAUAAUUAAUAAAUGCACGUUUAAUUGGCAAAUUAACGACAAUCAAUAAUGGAUAGAAUGGGAAGGUUCUCAUAUCUACAUUCCAUUGAAAAGCUGAAUGUAUAACAAACAAAAAAGUACAUUAAUGGGAAGUCAAGGCAAAGGAUAUUUCAAGAAGAAGGGUUCACAUUUUUUUCGUGUGAUUUCUGGAUAAUCAAUGUGCGUCUGAUGGACACGGAAGGGGAUGGAGCUGCGCAUAACCUGGAAAAUAUGACAAUAAAUGCGACGUUUACGUUGGAUAAGCAGUCCCAGUGCUCCCUUUUUGAAGGGUUUUCCCUCAAAGCUCAAUGACAUCUGUCAAAAGAGUGUCGAAGGAUGGAGCGCGCCAGUCAGUUGAAGCCAACUUCUUUUAUUUAUGGAGAGUUCUGGAAUAUGUCAACCAAUGAUACCAAUGUAAAUGUUACGACUGAAGGAGAGGAGGAGGAUAGUUUGGCUUUCCAAGCCGGUUUAGCAUUUACAUUAUCUCUGAUAACCUUUGCAACAACAUUAUCAAAUGCAUUCGUUAUUGCUACUAUUUAUCAAUCCAGAAAACUGCAUACGCCUGCAAACUUUCUGAUAGCAUCACUCGCCCUGACAGACCUUCUAGUGUCCGUAUUGGUGAUGCCAAUCAGCGCACUAUACACGGUGAGUCAAACAUGGACUUUGGGACAAGUUAUGUGUGACAUAUGGUUGUCUUCAGACAUUACGUGUUGCACCGCAUCCAUUCUUCACCUGUGCGUAAUUGCACUGGACCGUUACUGGGCAAUAACAGACGCGGUUGAGUACACCAAGAAGCGCACACCAGCGCGCGCAGCGGGGAUGAUCGCCACUGCCUGGGUGAUUGCCAUCUCCAUCUCACUGCCGCCCUUCUUCUGGCGUCAGGUGAAAACGGACGAGGUUACCACUUGCAACGUGAACACUGAUCACAUUUUCUACACUAUUUAUUCCACUUUUGGAGCCUUCUAUAUUCCCACUUUGUUACUCAUAGCCCUUUACGGUAGGAUCUACGUGGAAGCCCGAAAGAGAAUCUUGAAACAGUCGUCUAAUAAACCGGGGAAAAGACUCACUUCUGCCCAUUUGAUAACAAACUCGCCGGGUACACAUUCUGUGGCAUCCACCACCUCUCUAAAUUACGGGACGAACGAAGCCUCUUCUUGCGACGCUAAUAGCUCAACUGCCAAUGUGAACCAUGUGAAAGUCAUUGUAUCCGACGCGCUCCUGGAGAAGAAGAGGAUCUCCGCUGCCAGGGAAAGAAAGGCGACAAAAACUUUAGGGAUCAUUCUCGGAGCUUACAUCAUAUGCUGGCUACCGUUUUUCAUUUACACUUUAGUGGUUUCAGUCUGUGCGUCAUGUUUCUAUCCAGAAUUAUUUGACAUAUUCACUUGGUUGGGUUAUCUUAACUCUUUAAUAAACCCCAUCAUUUACACCAUGUCCAAUGAGGAUUUCAAAAAGGCUUUCCACAAACUAAUACGCUUUAGAUGUUGCAGGUCCUGAAAAUAAGCUACCAACCAGACAAAGGGUGCCAAACCCAUUUAAUUUUACUCAGCUACGUCAGCAGCACCACAAACUGCAGCUCUCCAAUAAUUACUGCAUGUUAGCUAACUCAGUCAUAAUCAACCUGAAAACAUGUGCAGUAUUGUAUCUUGCAUCUUUUCAAAAAGCCCAGGAACAUGAUAUUAUACUUCAUAAGCCUAUCUACAUGGCCUGCAGCCAAGUUUGGAAACUUGCUUAUUUUGCAAAGCAAAAAUGUAUUAAUUCAUCACUGCCAUCAUUGAACGAUCUAUUCAGAAAUAGGCUAUAUACAGUCUGCUACCUUCCUUAUGAUUGGCAAUCAGUCAUGAGAUUACCACCCACCCAGACUAUACCAUUCAUAUUCCAACCUAAACUAACAAUAACUUUUUUGCCUUAUUGGUAUCAUGGUUCAUUUGUGUUGGAUAUCAAUAGCUUUUUGACUUGGCAAAACAGAGGCUUGAUAUAACGUUUAAUAUUUAAACAUUCAUGGAAUGCCUGCUGUAUGACAGAUUUAGAAUGCUUCCCAAAUGGUAUCCUGUUCCCUACAUUGUGCACUACUUUUGGUCAAAAGUAGCACACACUGUAGGGAACAGGGUACCAUUCGGGACAUAUACUUAUUGUAGGCUAACUCAUGUGGGAAUGAUAAGUACAAAUAGGUUCUGAGCCCUCUGGGAAGGCCCCUCCCCCUUAGGAAAAUAAUAGUCAGUCACGUCACAAAUCUUGGUGCCAACAGAGACCUUUUCCGUUCCAUUUCUUGUAUGUUUACUAUUGUUCCAACUCUUUAAUGAGAUUAGCAUGGAUUUUAUGAUUAAACACCAUCACUCAUUUCAUCUCAUGGUCAAUGUAAAAAUAAUCAUUUGGCUAUUAUUUUAUUGUGAAUACGGUUGUUUACUUCCAACUGGACUAAAAGCUGACCUCUUGUUUUAUCAAACAAGCCUCAAUCAAUGUAUCUAUAUCUGUAUGCAUUGUAACAUGUAAGUGUAUUUGUUUUUAUUUGUGUAGUUUUUGUUAUAUUUUGCUAUGGAGCUGCUUAAAUUACCUGUGAGUUCACUCUGCUGCAACCUUCUGGGUAUUACAAAAUACUGCUGUUGGUAGAAUUAUACCAAUCAAAGUCAAAUUUGACAGACAAGAAUACAGACACCUAACACAUUUCUUCACCUACAGUACUAUUUUUCAUAUUGAUAAUGUUUCGACGAUGUCUCAGCAUUCCCUUUACAUUCCAGGCUGCAUGUGUUAAGUGCUAGAUAAAAUUUACAGAAAUAAUAAGCUGUUGAAAAUCCAUUGAGAUUUGAUUGUUAAACAUCACAUUUUGAGAAAUACAACCACAGUAAACUACAGAGAUACAACAGCUAAGUACUCAUAAGUACUCAUGCAACAGCUUAAGUACUCAUGCAAUGGAGGUUCUAUUUGAUCCAAGUUAGCUAAUGCUGUACAAUAAAGCUUCUCUGCUCAUAAGCAAUGCGCUGUAAUUGCAUUGACUCUGCGAGUAGAGGUCC